ACUCGACUAUAGUAGCCGUAUUGGGGCUAUGUGGGCCCAAGCCCAGUUUAUUCUGAAGCAGAAAAUCGACGACGCGUCUCACACUAUAUGCGCAAGGUGAUCGAUUCAGAGCACCCUGAGAUCUCUGCUUCAGAGUUCAGAGGAAUUCGUUUUCUCUGAUCGGGAUCUGGAAGGGAAGCGAAUCGACAUGGGUUUCUUGGUGACGACGCUGAUCUUCGUAGUGAUCGGAAUCAUCGCGUGCCUCUGCACCAGAAUUUGCUGCAACAGAGGACCUUCUGCCAAUCUAUUUCACCUUACUUUGGUAAUUACUGCAACAAUUUGCUGCUGGAUGAUGUGGGCGAUUGUAUAUCUGGCACAGAUGAAACCACUCAUUGUGCCUAUACUGAACGAGGGUGAAUAAGUCUCUGAACAGAUGUAACUCCUUGUAAGUUAGAGAAUAUGGAUCGCAGAUUGGCUGCUGGAUAGAAUUUAAUUUUGGCUAUCAUGAGUUUUUCAGUAUUUUUUCAGGGUGGAACUGUAUGUAUUUCUUGUUGGAUAAUGGCAUUCCAGUUGGCAUUUCUAUUGCUACGUGGCAUUUGCCGUGUUACGGAUGUUGUAUUUAGCACUCAUUCAUUUCUCAUGUCCGAGGAUAAUGGUAUCAAAUAUGUAUUUUGGUGAAAAAUAAGUUGAUGAAAGAGAAGUACGUUUUGUCUAAGAUUCAAAA